GUAGGCUAAAAGGUGUGUCAGCAUGUAAAAUGCAGCAUUAUUAAAUUAGUCACAGCAGAUUUUUCUUUUCAUUCAGACGUCCACUCAUCACUUCUUCACCUCUUCAUCCUACAGACAUCAUUAUGGCAUCAGGACCCUCUCCAACCGAAGCCAACGGGGUUUUCUCUUUGGCUUUGUUUCAAAAGCUGAGUGAGGAGGGCAAGUCUGCAAAUGUCUUCUUCUCGCCAUUUAGCAUCUCUUCAGCGUUAGCCAUGGCUAUGUUGGGUGCCAGCGCUAACACAUCCGCCCAAAUGUUGCAGGUCCUGGGCUUCACGAAGCCAAAGGAAGCGAUAAUGCAAGAACAAGAGAAAGAAGAAGAACAAGAUCCGCGACAAAAGAUGCAGAACCCGAUGCAAAUGCAGAUAAAGACGCGUCAACAGAUGCGGAUGCAGAUCCAGCAAUGCAGCAGACUGCCACAAUAUCUGAAAAAGGUUCUGAAAGGCGACAGGCCGAGUCAUGAAGAGGUGCACACCCACUUCAAACAACUUUUGAUCGAGUUCAACAAGACCAACGCUGAAUACGCCCUCAGUCUUGCCAACAGGCUUUAUGGGGAGCAAACGUACACGUUUGUUGAGGAAUUCCUUGAGGAAACCAAGAAUUUCUACUUUGCGGAAGUGGAGUCUGUGGAUUUCAAGAAAAAUGCAGAGGCGGCAAGGCUAACAAUGAAUAGUUGGGUGGAUGAGAAAACUCAAGGUAAAAUCAAGGACAUACUGCCGAAGGACAAGGUGUCUGACACAACCAAGCUGGUGCUGAUCAACGCCAUCUAUUUCAAAGGCAACUGGAACCAAAAGUUCAAUGAAGAGUUGACUGUUGAUGCUCCAUUUAAAAUCAACAAGAAUGACACCAAACCAGUGAAGAUGAUGACUCAGAAAAGUAAAUUCCCUAUCGUUUUCAUCCCAGAGAUCAACUGCCAGAUCCUAGAGCUGCCUUACAAAGGAAAGGAUCUAAGCAUGCUUGUCUUCCUGCCCAAUGAAAUUGAGGACGACAUGACAGGCUUGGAGAAAUUGAAGACAGCCCUGACAUAUUCCAAAUUAAUGGAGUGGACUUCUUCGCCCAUGAUGAUUGUAGAAGAGGUCGAGGUGAGCCUGCCAAGAUUCAAGAUGGAGGUGACCUACGACUUAGAGAGCAUUCUGGGCAGCAUGGGCAUGGUGGAUGCGUUUGACAGCAGCAGGAGCGACUUCUCUGGCAUGUCUGCUGCCAAUGACCUGGUCUUGUCCAAAGUCAUCCAUAAGUCAUUUGUGGAGGUCAACGAGGAAGGAAGCGAGGCUGCUGCAGCAACAGCCCUCAUUUUUGUGGAGCGCGCAUCAGCUAUCUCACACACCUUCAUCGCUGACCACCCCUUCUUCUUCUUCAUACGAUACAACCCCACCAACACAAUCCUGUUUGCUGGCCAGUACUCCUCCCCUGAAUGAGACAGUAUUGUAUGUAGUUCUAUUGUUGUAGCGAUCGCUCUUUUUAGUACUGCUAUUCUGUUCUCUCCUGCAAAUUGCAACCGUGUUCAAAUCAUGACGUGGAUUAAAAUGCCGUUUUUGCUGUCGUUGUAUUCUUCAUCACAAUGUCUUCUUGCAACUUCAAUUUCAU